AUGUCAGCUGGAUGGGGAAGAAAAGCGGCUACUCGAAUUGACAGGACUCAGUUUAACAAUGACGAAUUACUGAAAUCUCUUGGUUCUCAAUUUAAUGUUGAUUUCAACAAUUAUGAUCAAUGGUCUAGAACAUCUAAAUCAAACGCUCAUGACAAGUCGCAAUGUGCUAAACCAUCCCCACCAACUGAGGAUGACUCGACUAGUUUUACAGUUAAACGUCUCAAAUUAAAGAAACAAGCAACAGAACAAGAAAAUAAAGAAAAAGAAUUGGCUCAAAGGAUAGACAUAUUGAAAGUUCGAAUCAAAUCAAGGGAAAAAAGCUGUUCAGAUUAUCAGAAGAGAAGCAAGAAAUAUUUAGAUGAAAAUCGUUCACGAUGGGGUGAAAGUGUAUUAAGAAGGUAUGAAAAAUACAGAGUUGGCAUGGCAACCAUAAAUUCCAAUUUUGCUAAAGAGUUAGAUGAAGCACUGGAGGAUCUGCAAAUUGCUAAGUUAAAAGUGGACAGCCAUCUAAGUGCUUUAGAAAAGGAAGGCAAAAUCUUAAAUGAACAAUUAACAGAAAAACAAAAUGAACUUUCAGUGUUAGUAAGUUACAAGGAUAAAGAAUAUCCUGUAAAAGCUAUGAAAAUUGCAGGAUUAAAUACAGAAAUUGAGAAUUUGAAAUUGACUAAUGAUGAAGAUUGUGCCGAAUUGGAACAUAUCGUCAACACCGAGCUGGGGAAAUAUGAGAAAAAUCAAACGAAGGUAACUAAUGAGGUCACUAGAAAUGUAACAGAGAAAGCUGUGAAAAUGAUGCACCCUAGUCUGAAAGAUAUGGCUCUUCAAAAUAUGGUCAUGUUGAAGGAAAUGGAAUUUCACAAACAAGAACAAGAGGAAUUAGAAGAAAAGUCUGCAAAAUUACAAGAAGAAGUUCAGAAACUGUUAAAAGACAAAAAGUCAAAUGUUCAAUAUCAGAUGUUUCCGGAAUUUUAUCCGCGAAAAGCAAAGUGUACACCUGAUAUGGAUAUAGUGUUGGACAUUGAUACACAGGAGUUUCUGCCUAUUUAA